CUCCCCGGACCGGUUACCAUUUCCGCCUAAACAUUGCCCUUGGUUUCCUCUAGGAGGUGAUAUGGAAAGUUAAGUGUUCUGUCUUCAGAAAAGACUGUUAUCUGGGAACAUGGGGCUUCUGCCUGAUGAGGCGAAACGUCUGCCUCCUCCGGGGAUCGUCAACAGAAAUUCGGUGUGGCUCGGGGUGUGCGGCUGGGCGACCGCGUUGCUGCACAACAGCUUGAACCGCAGGCCUGCACUCAAAGCCGGUGUUCAUCGGCAAGCGCUGUUCACAACCAUUGCAUGGUUCAUUGGCUAUCAUCUCACAAAAUAUGAGAAUUACAAAUAUGCCUCAUUGGACAGGGACAUGAAUGAGUACAUCCGACUGCAUCCUGAUGAUUUUAAAGUGAAAGAACGGAAGACAUUUGCCGAAAUCGUGGAGCCGUUUCAUCCAAUCCGUUGAGUCGAUGUAGUUGUCACAAGGAACAUGAAGACUAUAGUUGAAAAUCUGGUUUAACAGACUUUUCUGUUAUAAAUACUCUUAUAUUGAUUUAUUAAGUUGUGUACUCAAUGUCAUUAAACUAUUUAAAAGGACAA